GCUUUAUAACCGCCGGCCGAGAUAUUUGCAAAAACUAAUAUCCGCCGACCAUUUGCGAGCGAGCAGCAACCAUGUCAAUCGCUACUCCCCUCGACGCCACUCUACAACGCUCGCCUCCUCCUCCUUCUUUCUCCGUCUUCUCUCCGAUUCAUCCCACCACUCUUUCAGUUACCGGAACUCGCAAGAGAUGUCUCAGGAUGGUGGUGACUUCAUGCGUCUCCCACUCUCAGAGCUCUGUUCAGAACGGUGUCACCGACGCCGUAUCAGCGAGAAACCAGAUUCGUCUCGGUCUUCCUAGCAAGGGACGCAUGGCCACCGAUACGCUAGAUCUUCUCAAGGAUUGUCAAUUGUCUGUCAAACAAGUCAAUCCGCGGCAAUAUGUUGCUCAGAUUCCUCAGCUACCAAACACUGAAGUUUGGUUUCAACGGCCAAAAGACAUUGUCAGGAAGUUGCUCUCGGGAGAUUUUGAUUUAGGCAUCGUUGGUCUUGACAUUGUUAGUGAGUUUGGUCAGGGAAAUGAUGAUCUUAUCAUUGUCCACGAAGCUCUCAACUUUGGAGACUGUCAUCUCUCCCUUGCGAUACCAAAUUAUGGGAUAUUUGAGAAUAUAAACUCUCUCAAGGAGCUCGCACAAAUGCCUCAAUGGACUGCGGAAAGACCUUUACGAGUUGCUACAGGAUUCACUUAUCUAGGCCCCAAAUUUAUGAAAGAGAACGGUAUCAAGCACGUGACUUUUUCAACUGCAGAUGGAGCCCUAGAGGCAGCUCCUGCGAUGGGGAUAGCUGAUGCCAUUUUAGACCUUGUGAGCAGUGGGACAACUCUUAAAGAGAACAACUUGAAAGAGAUUGAAGGAGGGGUGGUUCUGCAAAGCCAGGCUGCACUUGUGGCAAGCAGGAGGGCAUUGACUGAGAGAACAGGAGCACUAGACACAGUGCAUGAGAUUCUUGAGAGAUUGGAAGCCCAUUUGAAGGCGGCUGGUCAAUUCACUGUUGUUGCAAACAUGAGAGGAACGGAUGCUGAGGAAGUGGCUGUACGUUUGAAAACCCAGCCAUCAUUAUCAGGAUUGCAGGGACCAACAAUAAGUCCAGUUUACUGUAAACGAGAUGGAAAAGUAUCUAUUGAGUUCUAUGCCAUUGUGAUAUGUGUACCCAAAAAAGCUCUGUACGAGUCUGUGCAGCAACUGAGAGCGGUGGGAGGAAGUGGGGUGCUGGUUUCACCACUAACAUACAUUUUUGAUGAGGAGACUCCCAGAUGGAGUCAGCUUUUGAGUAACCUCGGACUUUGAUGCCUGCUUUCUUACUCAAGACAGACUUUGGCUUAGUCAGACGAAAUCAAUCGUAGACUUUUGUUCUUUUCCAGGAAAAACUGAUAGAUGUCUCGUUUAAGUCUUUUGUAUCUUCUUUCAGAUCCAGUUCCGGAUGAUAGUUUAAGAAUUUUAUCGAAAUUAAAAUUCCACUUUUGUCUUUUGAACUAAUCUUUUUUGUACAAUGAAUCCUUUAUUGUUUACAGGGCUGCAUAAUACAAUGAAUCCUUUAUU